AUGGAUCACACAUACGAGGCGCGCUUCAUUGGGACCGGUGAUCCUCGCCAUUGCUCUAUUGUCGCUGCUGUUCCCGCCGACUCGAACAUGAUCUUCGAGACUGUACGAGCUUUGGAGACUGUGACGAAUGUUCGUGGCCAUGAUGGUCGCGAAAUCGCGACCUUCCGUUGGAUACUUGGCACUGCGCCUGGGCAAGCCAUGGUGCGCGGUGAGCGUAAGCAUAUGGCGGAUCUUGCUAUCAUGACUGGUUACGCACCUGGAUAUCGUGCAUUCGACUCCACGGAUACUGAAGGGACCCGUGUGCGCUUUCUCUGGCAGCACGUCGGCGGGUGCAACUACGACCUGUAUACGCCGCAUGGCGUUCGGAUAGGACAGUACGUCGAGGCUCCACAAGCGGUCCAAACACCAGCUGGACGCGUAUACGCGACCUUCCGCUUUUCGUUCGACCACGAUACCCUGUUUAUAGAUGCCAUGCUGGCGCUCUGUGUUAACAAGUGGAUAGAUAGGAUGGUGCUUCAUAGCCACUAA